AUGGCAGCCGGGGGCUCGCUGGCCGCCGCGGGGCUGCUGUGGCUCUGCCUGGGUGAGUCUCAGGGGCUGGGGAAGAGCAGCCAGGCCCUGCUUUGGGGAGGUUUCUGGGUGUUUUGGAGCAACUGGCUGCUGGUGCGGGGGGGGGGGGGUGUUAUGGUGGGGCUGGAGGGGAAUGAGCCCCCGUUGGCCCCCACAGCCCCGGCAGCGCUGCUGAGGCUGCACCAGCCCCAGCCUGUCCUGGUCGUGGAGCCUGAGAAGCCGGUGGAGAUCAUCUGUGAGGCCGACGAGAGCAUGGAGAGCAAAGCCAAGGUGUCCUGGUACCGGCACGGCAAGGACGGGCCCCGCCUGGUUGUGGCUUGCGAUAACGAGACGAGCCAGGAGUUCUCCUGCAAGUUUGGGGGGCACAAAGUCACCCUGCACAUCCCCUGCGCCCGUCCCAACAACACCGGCCUCUACCUGUGUGCCUACCGCGGAGUCCGCAGACUGGAAUUCGGCAGCGGCACCGCGCUGCUGGUGGGAGACAGCUGGAGGGAGCAGAGCUGGGUGCGGGUGCUGGGUCCCCCUGGGGACCCCCGGGCCCCCCCCAGCCUGGUCUGUGCCGUGGGUGCCACCACCGGCCCCGUGCUCGUCUCCUGGCCGGGGGAGGCCGGGCGGGUGCUGGGGCUGGGGGGGCGCGUGGAGCUCCUCAUCAGCCCGGUGGGCACGACCCAGGGGGGCGGGGGGCUCUGCGAGGUGCGCUUCAAUGCCUCAGGCCCCGUCGUCCGCAGGAGCGUGGAGCUGCGCAAGGCUGAGGGUGACCAGCCUGAGACCCCGAUGCCACCUGUGUCACAGGAGAAUGAGGGACAGCUGACGUACGCCCAGCUCACCUUCGCCACCCCUGGCACAGCCCACGCCAUGACCCACAGCCGCAUGCGGUGACAGCCCCAACCCUGGAGCUUGUCCCUCUGUGUUCCCAGCCCCUGGGCAUCACCCCGCGAACCCCCCGACGGGUGCUGAGGCUGCUGCACCCACUUUGCCCAAGAGGAUGAAAUAAAGAGCUUUGGACUUCGGCAGCAUUCCAGGGUCAUGGCACCGUGUGCCCGGCGUGUCCCCAGCCCAGGGACUGUCCCUCAGGGGUCUGUACUGGGACCAGUGUCUUCAUCAGUGACAUGGACAGUGGGAUGGAGGGCACAGGUGACACCAAGCUGUGUGGUGCGGUGACACUCACAAGGGACGGGAUGCCAUCCAGAGGGACCCGGGCAGGCUGGAGAAGUGGCUCCGUGUGACCCUCAUGGGGUUCAACCAGGACAAGUGCAGGGUCCUGCCCCGGGGUGGGGGCAGCCCCCGGUGCCAGCCCAGGCUGGGGAUGGAGGGAUGGAGAGAUGGAGAGCAGCCCUGAGAGAAGGGCUUGGGGUGCUGGGGGGGGAAACGCUGGCCAUGGGCCGGCAACGUGCGCUGGCAGCCCAGAACCCCCCCCAGCCUGGGCUGCAUCCCCAGCAGCGUGGGCAGGGGGGCGAGGGGGGGAUUCUGCCCCUCUGCUCCGCGCCGGGAGACCCCCCUGCAGUGCUGCCUCCAGCUCCGGGGCACCAACAGCAGAAGGACACGGAGCUGUGGGAGCGGGGCCGGAGGAGGCCCCGGAGCUGCUGGGAGGGCUGGAGCCCCUCUGCUGUGGGGACAGGCUGAGAGAGCUGGGGGGGCUCAGCCUGGAGAAGAGAAGGCUCCGCGGAGACCCCCCGGUGCCGGGCCGGGGGGCUGUGGGGACAGAGGGGCUCCCCCGGAGCAUCUGCCCCGCCACUGGUCCUACCCCGCACCCGCCGCCCCGCGGCCUCCCGCCCUGCAGGGGGCGCUGUGCCCGCGGC